AUGUCCUUCUCCAGUCUCGUCCAGGAACUUAGCCUUCGCGAUGCCAACAGUGCUCGCCGGCCUGGUCCUGCGCCUUCAGUCUCAACAUUCGAUGACCGAGCAUCGCACGUUUCUCGCACCAUGUCUGGUUAUGCCAGCACCGCAGCCACCAGCGUGAGCAUCGCUGGCGACAUCGGCAGCCAGCUUCACGGCGGCUACUUUCAUCCUCUGGCUCGAUCCUGGCAGUCUGAGCGCCAGCUGACCAAGUCUAUGCUCAUCUACCCCAUCUUUGUUACCGACGGCGAGGAUGACAUGGUCGAAGUGGCCUCUCUUCCUGGCCAGUUCCAAGUCAGCAUCAGCAGACUGACUGGCUUCCUCGAGCCUCUCGUCCACAAGGGACUGCGAUCCGUCAUGCUCUUUGGUGUCCCCAUGAAGCCUGGCACCAAGGAUGCCCUUGGCAGUGCCGCUGAUGAUCCCGAGGGUCCAGUCAUCCAAGCUAUUCAGCUCAUCCGCCGCCGCUUCCCUCAACUCUUCAUCUGCGCCGAUGUCUGCCUCUGCGAGUAUACCUCUCACGGCCACUGUGGUAUCCUACGAGACGACAGCAGCCUGAACAACCAGAUGUCUGUCGACCGCAUCUCUGAUGUUGCCAUCGCUUACGCAAAGGCUGGAGCACACUGUGUCGCCCCCUCAGACAUGAACGAUGGCCGUAUUCGUGCUAUCAAGCUGAAGCUGAUCGAGGAGGGCAUUGCCCACAAGACGCUCCUCAUGUCAUACUCUGCCAAGUUCUCUGGUUGCUUGUACGGACCUUUCCGGGACGCAGCCGGCUCUGCCCCGUCAUUUGGCGACCGCAGGUGCUACCAGCUGCCCCCUGGAGGGCGUGGCCUUGCUCGCCGAGCCAUUAUCCGCGACAUGAACGAGGGUGCCGACAUCAUCAUGGUUAAGCCUGCUGGCCAGUACCUGGACAUUAUUAGUGACGCCAAGGACCUUGGCAAGGACCUGCCCAUCGCUGCUUACCAAGUCAGUGGCGAGUUCUCAAUGAUUCACGCUGCUGCCAAGGCCGGAGUGUUUGAUCUUAAGGCCAUGGCUUUUGAAUCUACAGAGAGCAUUCUUCGAGCUGGUGCCACCAUCGUCAUCAGCUACUUCACCCCCCAGUUCCUCGAUUGGCUCGACAACUAA